AUCCAGUUCAUAUCUGAUUGAGUGGCUGACACAGCAUCCGCCCACCAGUUCGGUGCGAGCUUCUCAUUCCAACAUGGCACUUACGGCCAACUCCUCUUCCUUCGCAUUUGCGUUUUCCGUCGUGUCUGCUUCGUCAUCUCCUCAGGAGAAAAAGGCGAAUUCAGUUAAGGUGAGAGACGAUUGGAGGAAACGUUCCAGACCUAUUCCUCCAGGAGGCACGUAUCCCGCUAAAGAUCAUUGCAGUCAAUGCGGUCUCUGUGAUACAUACUACAUCGCCCAUGUCAAGAAUGCUUGUGCUUUCUUAGGCGAUGGCAUGUCCAGAAUCGAGAACUUGGAACCAACAGUCCAUGGCAGAGGGAGGAAAGCGGGCUCAUUGGAUGAUGCAUAUUUUGGUGUCCAUGAAGAGUUGCUUUAUGCUCGAAAAACUAAGCCUGUAGAAGGAGCACAAUGGACAGGAAUUGUAACAACCAUUGCGGUGGAAAUGCUGAAAGCAAAUAUUGUAGAAGCUGUCAUUUGUGUGCAGAGUGAUCCAGAGGACAGACUUACUCCAAAGCCAGUCUUGGCCAGGACACCAGAUGAGGUUAUUGCAGCAAGAGGCGUUAAACCAACAUUAUCUCCUAAUCUGAAUACACUUGCCCUAGUCGAGGCAGCUGGUGUAAAGCGUCUUCUUUUCUGUGGUGUGGGAUGCCAAGUGCAAGCGUUAAGAUCCAUAGAGAAGUACUUGGAUUUAGAGAAGCUCUACGUACUUGGCACUAAUUGUGUGGAUAAUGGAACUCGGGAGGGGCUAGACAAGUUUUUGAAGGCUGCAAGCAGUGAUCCGGAAACAGUUUUGCAUUAUGAGUUCAUGCAAGAUUACAAGGUACACUUGAAGCAUUUGGAUGGUCAUAUUGAAGAGGUUCCUUAUUUCUGUUUACCAGCAAAUGAUUUGGUCGAUGUUAUUGCACCAUCAUGCUAUAGCUGCUUUGACUACACAAAUGCAUUAGCGGACUUGGUGGUGGGGUACAUGGGUGUGCCAAAAUAUGCAGGAGUAAGCAUGACAGAGCAUCCUCAAUAUAUUACUGUCAGAAAUGAACGUGGAAGGGAAAUGCUUAGUCUGGUAGAGAAUCUUUUGGAGAUUACCCCUGCAGUUAGCAGUGGAAAUCGGCGUCCGUAUGUUAUGGAAACUGUCAAAGCUGAUGAUAAAGCCAAAUCAGGGGCCGGUCCUGCACGGCCAGCUCCCAAGUUCGUUGGUAAUUUGAUCGCAUUCCUUCUAAACCUGAUUGGUCCAAGAGGACUUGAAUUCGCCCGUUAUUCUUUAGAUUACCACACAAUAAGGAACUAUUUAUAUGUACAUCGUCAUUGGGGGAAACAAAGAGCAGAUGAGCACAUGCCAUCAUAUGCCAGGAAGAUUGUCGACUUGUACAAUGAGAAUGGCGAAAUCAAUCGGAUGCUCUCUAACAAGUAAUAUGCUGACUCUGGCAGCACCCUGCUCGUCUCUUCUCCAUCCCAAAAGUUACUAUCAUUUACUGACAUGUCAGAUGUAUCUCCUAGUGGAAAUUUGAUCUUAAUACCUUCUAUCGUCCAGUGUAGUUGCCAAAGCUUUCAUGCACGAUGUUUCUAAAUUUUGUUGAAUAAAGGUAAAGGUUGUGUAUCUUUCACAGAAUUCUGUCCGAUGUGUAAAAAAAAAGGCACUUCUGUCUGACUGAUGUAAAAAAAGCACUAAAUUGUAUGAGAUGUUGAAAUUUCAUCA